AUUCCGUAUUCUGUGCCACAAGUUGUGCAACCACCCAUAUUUCAGCAACGUGGUCUUGGCCUGCAUCCUCAUCUCCAGCGCCAUGCUUGCAGCAGAAGACCCUCUCCGCAGCAAAUCAGAUCGCAACAUUAUCUUAAACAACUUUGACUUCUUCUUCACAACAGUGUUCACCAUUGAAAUUAUUAUCAAGAUCAUCACUUAUGGUUUGAUGUUGCACAAAGGAUCAUUCUGUCGAAGUAUGUUCAACAUGCUAGACUUCAUGGUUGUUGCUGUCUCUCUGAUUUCCUUUCCUCUGGAUAAUCAAGCCAUUUCCGUAGUGAAAAUUCUCAGAGUGCUUCGAGUGUUAAGGCCCUUACGAGCAAUCAACAGGGCAAAAGGACUGAAGCAUGUUGUCCAGUGUGUUAUUGUGGCUCUGAGAACCAUCUACAACAUUAUACUUGUCACAUUUUUGCUGAAUUUCAUGUUUGCUGUAAUGGGCGUUCAACUUUUCAAGGGGAAAUUUUUCAGCUGUACCGACCAGUCAAAACUAACAAGAGAUGAGUGCCAGGGUAACUUCAUUUAUUAUGAAACUGAACAUAAGGUAGAAAUAAGGCCACGCAAAUGGGAGAAGAGUGAUUUCAACUUUGAUGAUGUCAGCAAUGGGAUGUUAACUUUGUUUACAGUUGCAACUUUUGAAGGAUGGCCUGGGCUCCUGUACAAAUCCAUAGAUUCCCACAGUGAGGGCAUGGGGCCUAUUCAGGACAACCAACCUGCAGUUGCCAUCUUCUACUUCAUCUUCAUUAUUGUUAUAGCAUUCUUCAUGAUGAACAUCUUUGUUGGUUUUGUGAUCGUCACCUUCCAGAACGAGGGAGAACAGGAAUACAAAAAUUGUGAGCUGGAUAAAAACCAGCGCAAAUGUAUUGAGUUUGCUUUGAAAGUCAAGCCUAUCCGCCGUUACAUUCCAAAGGCUAGAUGGCAAUACAAAAUCUGGUGGUUUGUAACAUCUCAAGCAUUUGAAUAUGGGAUAUUUGUACUGAUCAUGAUCAACACUGUGGCUCUUGCAAUGAAGUACCAGGGACAGUCUGCAGAGUAUGGGAAAGCCUUGGACUACCUCAACAUCAUCUUCACUGGUGUAUUUGCAUCAGAGUUUGUUCUGAAACUUGCAGCCUUCAGGUUUAAAAACUACUUUGGUGAUGCGUGGAAUGUAUUUGAUUUCAUCAUUGUGCUCGGCAGUUUUAUUGACAUCAUUUAUGCAGAAGUCAGUCCAGGUAAAGCUUUCAUCAGCAUCAAUUUUUUUCGUCUGUUCCGAGUCAUGAGGCUAAUCAAACUUCUUAGUCGAGGAGAAGGAAUUCGGACAUUGCUGUGGACUUUCAUAAAAUCAUUUCAGGCUCUUCCAUAUGUAGCGUUGCUGAUAGUGAUGCUGUUUUUCAUAUAUGCAGUUAUUGGAAUGCAGAUGUUUGGGCGAAUCAGAAUGGACUUUAGCACAGAGAUUCACCAGAACAACAAUUUCCAGUCAUUUCAACAUGCAGUGCUGGAGAUCAUGCUGGCGUGUUCGGACAAAGAGACUGUUAUCUGCGACCCUGAAGCCGACAAAAACAAUGCAACUGGCGGAGAACAAACUGGCUGUGGCAGUAACUUUGCUUACAUUUACUUCAUAUCCUUCUAUUUCCUUUGCUCUUUUCUGAUCAUCAACUUGUUUGUGGCUGUCAUCAUGGACAACUUUGACUAUCUAACACGUGAUUGGUCAAUCCUGGGUCCCCAUCAUCUUGAUGAGUUUGUACGGCUGUGGUCAGAGUAUGAUCCUGAAGCCAAGGGCAGAAUCAAGCAUCUGGAUGUAGUGACUCUGUUAAGGAAAAUCUCUCCUCCCCUGGGCUUUGGAAAAUUGUGUCCACACAGAGUGGCCUGUAAGCGGCUUGUUAGUAUGAAUAUGCCCCUCAACAGUGACGGCACAGUCAUGUUUAAUGCAACAUUGUUCGCUCUGGUACGCACCUCGCUCAAAAUUAAAACUGAAGGCAACAUAGACACAGCCAAUGAAGAACUGAGAGCUGUGAUCAAAAGAAUUUGGAAGAGGACAAGUCCUAAGUUGUUAGAUCAAGUGGUACCACCAGCAGGUAGAGACGAUGAUGUCACCGUUGGCAAAUUUUAUGCCACAUUUCUUAUCCAGGAUUAUUUCCGCCGUUUCAAGAAACGCAAAGAACAGAUGGUCAAAAUUCAGAAGGGCCAGGAGCAUACCAAUGCUUUGCAGGCGGGCCUGCGAGCAGUGCAUGACUUAGGCCCAGAAAUCAGACGAGCUAUUUCUGGAAACCUGGAUGAAGAUGAAAUGUUAGAUAAAGAUAUAGAGGAGCCUAUGCACAGGAGAAAUCACACUUUGUUUGGAAGUGUUGUAAAUGCCAUGGUGGGUGUUCGACCCAUUCUGCCUUUUCUGAAUCGCACACAGUCUCUCAAGGGAACAAAAGCCAGCCAGACAGCGGACAUGACACCAGUCAUUUCCGUCAGUACUGCAGCAGCAAAGAUGUUGGGGGAGCCUGAAAAUGAAGAUUCAAAGGAAGAUGAUAAAAAUGAGGAUGAGCAGGAAGAAGAAGACGAAGAAGAAGAAGAGGAGGAGAAAAAAAUAGAACAAACCAAAGGAGAGGAUUUGCUAAAUUCUCUUACACCUAAUUCCCUUAUGUCAAAACCAAAUGAUGGCCAACCUGGUCAUUUUAGCAUUCCAAACAACCCUGGCACUAGUCCAAAUAUUAAAAAACAUGGAAUAUAUGUCUAUAGAGACCUCCCUCAAGAAGACAGCGACUUUGAAAGGGAGCACACCCCACCAACUCCACCAGUUCGCAAACUAAGCAAAAAGGGAGCUUCUCUCAGGUUAGGCUGCAUUGGAAAGCAGAGCAGCGAUGAAAACCCUCUGAUGAGAAGACCUGGCCAGCCACUGAGGGUACCUGGCCAACACAAUAACCAGGGUUUAGCUCCUCCAGCUGUGCCAGACAGAGCAAUCAGCUACCCUCCAGCCAUUCAAAUACCCACAGUCACAAUACAGCCUACAAGGCCUCGACUCUCACCAGCUGGGCGACUGGUCACCAUUCUGCACAGUUUGGGUUGCAGACGGGAUAGAG